AUGUAUAACUCUGCAGGUCAAAUUUCGCAGUAUACUGAGACCCUUUACGCUCGACAGUGCCAGUUUGGGUUGAAGGAUUUAUCAACUGAGAUAAAGGAUGACAUGAAAAAUGGGGCAAAUCUGAAAAUGCAAAUCACUUCAGCUCAAAUCGGAUCACAUGCCGACAGCUCAAGAGUAUUCGUACUGCUACGGCAGAGAAAGGAGGUGGGGUACAGGGUACUUCUUAUAUCUCUCGUCGACUCCAUGGAAAAUGAUUCUCGGAUCGCCUACCUGGAGAUGACGCGGGGAUGGCUUGUAGACGAUCUCGUCGAGGGAGUAGGAGUCGGUGGAGAAUGGGUCGGCGUUGAAGGGACGUACUUAGCAGAGAAGUCGUGGGGCGAGGCGUGGCAGCGGGCCUCGUCGCGGAUGUUCUCAGCCGCGGGACGGCGGUGCUUGAGCGAGGCAGAGGCCGAUGCGGCGGCGGAAAGGGGAUCGGAGGAUGUGGCGGACUUGUGUGAAGGGGGAUCGGAGGAGUUGGAGGGUUUUGUGUGA